AUGAAACAAAUGCUUACUAUACCUGAAUGUCGACCAACUGUACUUCCAGGUGGUGAUAAAACAUUUGAUGCAGCUUGGAAAGUUUUACUCAAGAAAUUUCCUUCUAUCGAUUUCAAAUCAAAUCAGUCCACUAUGCAACCAUUUUUUAAUCAUCAAAAAGAAUUAUUUGCAAUGUUAUCUGUUUACUACUUUAACUUUGUGGAUGUUCUUGAUGUAAGAGAUCAUUUCAUUGAUCUUAUAGGAUGUUUAGCAUCUUCAAAAUAA